AGACGAAAGGGGCCGAAAAGAGCCGAGCGGGGACGGAAAGGGCCGAACACUUCCGGAAGGAGCCGAGUGGGGACGGAAGAAACGAGGAGAGACCGGAAAGAGCCCAGCUCUUCCGGAAAGGGCCGAGAAGGGGGCGGGAGAAGCCGAGGGGGAACGGAAAGAGCCGAGCGGGGCCGAAGAUAUCGAGCGCUUCCGGAAGCAGCCAAGCGGAAACGGAAAAGACCAAACCGGGGACCGGAAGCGGAAGUCUCCCGCGCGGCCGAGCCAAGAUGGCGGCCGCCUGCGAUCACUGCGGGGCCGCCGGUGCUCCGUAUACGUGUCCCCGCUGCAACCGCCGCCUCUGCUCCCUCGGCUGCUACCGCGGGCACGGGGCCUGCGCCGAGGCCUUCUACCGCGAGCAGGUGCUGCGGGAAUUGAGCUCCCAACCGCCUCCGGAGCCGUCCGACAGGGCCCGGCUGGGGGACGCCAUGGGGAGGCUGCGGGACGGCGCGGGGGGGGGAGAAGAGCGCGGGUUGUGGGGGCGGCUGAGCGAGGAGCAAAAGGCCGAAUUCCGGAGGAUGCUGAAAAACGGGGAGGCCGCCCGGCUGCUGCCUCCGUGGAGGCCGUGGUGGUGGGGGAGGAGGAGGCUGGUGGAGGAGAUCGGGGGGGGGGGAAGAGGGCUGGGCGGCCGGGGCGGAGAAGGGGACCAGCAGCAACCGCGCGGCGGCCAUCGAAGGCACAGACACACGGCCAGCGUGGGCAAUGAGAGGGACAGCAGGGUGUCCAAAAAGGGCACAGCCAGGGUGGACAAGGAGAAAACAGCCAAGGUGGUCGAUGAGAGGGUGGCCAGUGCAGCCCAUGUGGCCAAUGAGAGGACAGCCAACGUGGCCAAUGAGACUGAAGCCAGUGUAGCCAACAUGGUUGGUGAGACUGAAGCCAAUGUGGCCAAUGAGAGGACAGCCAGUGCGGCCAGCGUAGCCAAUGAGAGGACAGCCAGUGCGGCCAGCGUAGCCAAUGAGAGGACAGCUGACGCGGCCAGUGUAGCCAAUGAGAGGACAGCCAAUGUGGCCAUUGUGGUCAGUGAGACUGAUGCCAGUGUGGCCAACGAGAGGACAGCCAACGUGGCCAAAAAGGGCACAGCCAAGAUGGCUGACAAGAGCAAAGACUUCAUGGCCAACAUGGCUGACAAGAGCGAAGCCUUCGUGGCCAGCAAGAGUGAGAACAUAAGGAAGGAGGAGGAGGAGGAAAGCAAGAAGCUGGAGCGCAGGGACACCAGUGACAAUGGGGUCAGCAAUGACAUUGGGGUCAGUGGUGACAACAGGGUCACCAGUGGUGGCGAGGACGGUGAUGACAGCGGUGUCACCGAUGACAAUGGGGUCAGUGGUGACAAUGGGGUCAGUGGUGGCAAUGGGGUCACCGAUGACAACGGGGUCACCAGUGAUGACGAGGACGGCGAUGACAACAGGGCCAGUGGUGGCAGUGGGGUCACCAAUGACAGUGGGGUCAUUGGUGGCAGUGGGGUCACCAUUGACAAUGAGGACAGCGAUGACAAUGGGGUCAGCAAAGACAACGGUGUCACCGAGGAUGGCGCUGACGCCGGUGACACCGAUGGGGACGGCGACGAUGACGACGCUGGCAUUCCGGGCCCGAUGCCCCCCACCCCCACCUCGGUGCCCCCCCUCAGCUCUUUCCGUGCUCCCACCCCAUCCCCGUUGCUGCGCUUCCAGCUUCCCAACGUUCUCUACGGUUACGCCUUCGCCCUCAGCCUCCAUGUGGGGGACGAUUCCUUCCUCCCAGAUGUCGCCGUGGCCGCCAUGGCCGUCUCAGCGGCUCUGCGUUGCCGUCGGCCCUUCUCCUCCACCGCGGAGGCUCUGCUGGAUGCCCGGCGCUCGGCCAAAGCCGCCGGUUACCCUCAGUGUCCUUUGGGCGACACCGGCGCCAUCGCGGCCGUGGCUGAGCUGAUGAGGGGACGCAGCCGGCAUCGACCCACCGAGGACACGGAGACGGCGUUGCAUCACAUGGAGGUGAUGCUGGAGAGGGCGGGCAGGAUGGAAAGUGGGGAGGAAAGGAAAAGGUUGGGCCGAGCGCGGAGGAAAUGUUGCUUCCUGCUGGCCUGGAGUCGGGAGAGAGGAGCGGCUGCGCUGCGGGAGAUGGCGGCUGAAGCGGAGGAGCUGAGCGCCAAAAUGGCGGUGGGGGGGAAGGGGCUGUGGGGGGGGGAGAGGGAGCAGAGAGAGGAGGAGCCAUGGAGAUGGGAAGCUUAGAGAGGGGAAACAGAGGGGAAGCCUGGAAAGGGGAAACAGGGAGGGGAAGUGGAGAGAGAGGAACCCAUGGAGAUGGGAAGCAAGGAAAGGGGAACCAGGAGAAAGGAAACCAUGGAGAUGGGAACCCAUAGAGAGCGGAACCAUAGAGAUGGGAACCAUGGAAAGGGGAACCAGAGAGAGAGGGACCAUAGAGAGCAGAACCAUAGAGAGACAGGUACCAUGGAGACGGGAGCCAUAGAGAGCAGAACCAUAGAAAGAGGAAUCAGAGAGAGAGGAAACACUGAGAUGGGAACUCAUGGAAAGGGGAUUCAGAGAGAGGGGAACCAUGGAGAUGGGAACCAGAGAGAGCAGAACCAUGGAGGUGGGAACCAGAGAGAGAUAGGAACCAUAGAGAGAGGAACCAUGGAGAGAGGAAUCAGAGCGAGCGGAACCAUAGAGACAGAAACCAUGGAGAUGGGAACCAGGAGGAGGGGAAUCAGAGAGGGGGGAACCAGAGCCCUGCCCUUCCUGCAGGGUCAGAAGAUCACAGCGAGGAAGACUCCGAUUCUUCAUCCCAUGAGCACCCGGAGGAAUCCCCCCCACCUCUGCCGGCGUGAGGGGGAGGGGCUGCAUGCUAAUGAAAUCUAAUAAAUGCGUCUCCCAGUGCCUGGAAAGUGAGGGGUGAUGGAUCAGCUGCUGCCCACAGCUUCCUGCUCCCAGGGUGCAGCUUUGCUGGAGCUCUGCUCCUGCACUGCGGCUGGGGGGGGGUCGAGUUCUGCGUGCCCCCACCAAAGCCACGCCCACAAUCGAUCGCUGACCACGCCCCCCACAAAAGCCACGCCUACGGCCAUUCCCGGGUGCCGGCGUAUCCUCACGCCACGCCCAUAUCACCUCAGGCCACGCCCCCUACCAAAAGCCACGCCUACGACCAUUCCCGGGCGCCAGUGUAGCCUCACGCCACGCCCAUAUCACCUCAGGCCACGCCCACAACCAAAGACACGCUCGCAACUAAUCACUGGCCACGCCCACAUAACGUCAGGCCACGCCCCCUACCAAUAGCCACGCCUACUACCAUUCCCUGACACCAGUGAGGCACAAGGGGCGAUCUGUGGAAGGACUGGGGGCAGGGUAGGGGUCCCGGCUUUAAAUCCACCCCCGACUCCGCCUCAGGACAGGGUCAGCAUCCCGUGGUGCAAGCCCCGCCCCCUCGUGCAAGCCCCGCCUCCUUCCGUGAGAGCAACCAGCGCUAGUCCUCCACGCCGCCAGGGGGCGCCCUAGUGCGACCUCCGCACUCCCUCACCAUGAUCGGCAUCUCGCUCAACCAAUGGCAGAGGUGGAAAAUUCCAGAAGGCGAUGGAGAGGUUCCACCAAUGGGGCGGCGUGAACUUUUCCUCCACAGCCAAUCGGCGCGCGGGGCGGCCGUCACUUCCGGCUUCCGGCAAGGAGGCGGAGCGCGAGGGGGCGGGAUCUGUUUCUCCCUCAUUCCAAUCGCGAGCCGCACCGCUCGCGGAUAGCCAAUGGAAAGGCGCGUGGGCGCCGGCGGGCCAAUGGGGGCCGGGAGGCGGAGCCGGAGGCUUCUAGCAACUUCCAGAAGGCGGCGCGCGGCGGCAGGCGCGGAGCGGAGCGGGUCGGGAACGGAGGCGCC